UCCCUUGACCGCGGCUACGUUGGCGACUGAUUGUCGCCUCGAGCCCAAGUUCACUGUUACAAAUCUCGAAUAAACACAAUCGGAUUGAAUGACAAUUGUUUAAUUAUGGCUGUGGUAAAAUCUGGAUUACGAUAUUACGGGAUUUUCCCCAAGUUCCGAAGAGAGGCUCCGGUAUUCUUUCAUCUCCGACAUAUAGAUUUAACAUGAUUCGCGGCAUAAUAAAUAACCGUGCAAGGUUCACCGCAUAUCAUUUUUUUUUUUUUUUAUUUAUUGUUUGCAUUUUACAAUUUGUCCAUUAGGACAUUUGGUAAAAUAGCGCAUAUCAUUGAGUAAAGAAAGUGGAACAUUGGUCCUCUACACCUAUCAUCGAAGCGAAAAGAAAUUUUAAUUAAAAAAUUAUUGACCGUGCAUUGCAUUUGGUAUUUUUAUAAUUCUGUAAGCGAGGUAUAGUUAUUAGUGUUAAAUUUUAAUUGAUUAAUUUAGUACAAUGUAUGUGUGUGUGCGUGUGUGUGUGUGUAUAUAUAAUGUAAAAAUAUUAUAAUCAAGUAAUAUUCGAUACAAAAUAAUACUCGGUAUUCUAACAACAGCAUAAGUUGUACUUAAGAGCAACAGCAUCGAGAAACAGCGUUUAAAGAAAAUAAAUUAUUAUAGAUGCGUUACAAUGAAGUGAGAAAUUGUGGUGUCUACUACUGGAAAUAAUCUUCCAUAAUUAUGCUAAAUAAGUACUCAGACGAUAUACUCUGUGGAUAAUAUUACAUGUUUGUUCACAAUUAUACGUUAUUUCCUACUUUUAAUUAUGUACAUGUAAAAUUUGGAGAAAGAGUUACGACGCGAUGAAAACACCGGAACAUUUAUGUAUUAGUGGAACAUUAAUUGACAGUUACGUAAUUUCCAAAUCCCGACAUCUUAUAUAAAGGACCGAGAUAUGAUAAAAUACUCUAUUCAGUGGUUCGCUGAGCGGGUUAGAAACGAGUAAUCGAAAGAAGGACUAAGGUAAGCGACAGCAUCGACAAAAGAAACGGCUAGUUUUAGAAACAUCAUUGUUAUUGUUUUUCGUAUUACUAGAAAUUAUUACGUACUGUUUCACUUCAAAUAUAUAUACUUUUGAGAAAUAAAUUAAAAUAUAUUUGAAACAAAUAAACAAUUCUUUACAAUUAACUUAUCUUAACUUUCCAUUUAAGAUCGUACAUCGGUUACAGUUAAAAAAUUAGAUUCGUCAGUCGUUCUUCAUCCAUCAUCAAUUGACUAUCAGCUCUACUUACCAACUUACCAACCGUGCAGUACUCGAGUGGAAAAUUAUUAUUUCUCAUCAACUUAUAAAAAAGCGGCGAAACACGAAGAAGAAGAAGUAAAACAAUAUCGCGGUGUGUAUAGUGAAUCGCGAUGAUAGUCACGUUAAAUUUAUUAUCAUCAAAAUUUUAUCCUACGCUCUUAGCGUUAUUAGUCUAUGCCGAUCCAAUAUUUAGAACGGAGGGAGAUAGAUACUUAGAUCUCUUUCGCAUCAAUAUAGCCCCACUACCUAAAAACCUCACUUUAGACACCUACUUGGACGCGAUCAAUUUCACGCUAUACACACGAGAGAAUCCUACAGAUGGCGAGAUCCUAAAACUAAAUGACGUAGAGUCUAUCCGGAACAGUCAUUGGAACCCAAACAGACAGACCAUCGUAAUGAUUCACGGUUGGAUACAAAAUGGUUUAGCUUCUGCAAUCCUACGCGAUGCUUUCUUUGACGUCCGAGACUGCAACGUUAUUAUUAUCGAUUGGAGUGAGAUAUCAAACUACAUAAAUUAUUCGGAGGUCGUAAAAUUGGUACCGCACAUUUGUAGGUAUAUAGCUAGUUUCAUAAACUUUCUGAGAACUAAGGCUGGUUUGCAAACGACCAACUUGAAAAUUAUUGGACACUCUCUCGGUGCUCAAAUCGCGGGCUUGAGCGCGCGUGAGGUAGGAAAAUCGAGCCGAGUGGGGGAAGUUAUCGCACUCGAUCCUGCCAUGCCAAUGUUUCAAGACAGAAAACCUAGUGAAAGAAUUAAUGAAUCGAACGCGAAAAAUGUUCAAGUCCUUCACACAUGUGCCGGAAGGUUAGGUAUGAAUAUCUCGAUUGGUACUUCAGACUUCUAUGCGAAUGACGGAAUAGAUCAACCAGGAUGCGGCACUGACUUGUUUGGGUUUUGUGCACAUAUGCGUAGCUACAAUUUCUUCGCUGAAUCAAUUAGGAAUCCGAAAGGCUUUCUCGGUAUACGUGCAGAUGGUGCAACAGCAUACAUGGGUGGUGCUACCCCCGAUCCGAAUGCUAAAGGAACCUACUACUUCAAAACUAACAGUCAGUAUCCUUAUGCUCUUGAUGGAUAACGUUAUUCUUUCGAAUAUUCAAUAUUUCAAUAUUUGUAAGAUACUUGUACAGAUUAUGUAGGAAAUUAUAAAAUAAAUAGCGAUUUUAUUGUUCGUUGAAAUUCGUAUAAGACAACUUUUAUUUCGACCUACCGCAGCCAUAUCCUAAAUUCCUUGAGUUGAUUUCGAUACAAGCGUGAGCAUACGCAUAGCGAUGUCGAGUAAAAGCGUCAACUUUAUAAAGGUUGAAUUUCAAUUAUUCAUAUACAGUAGCGGACAAAAGUUUAAGACGGAAUGGAAGAAAUAAAUAAUUGAUUUGCUUCCCAUAAGAAAAAUAUAAAAAAUACAGUGUUCUACUUUUGUUAUUA